AUGCACGACGCUUUUAAGGUCUACACGGUCAUCGAGAAGCUGCCCCACAAGAUCGAGUCCAUCUUUGCACAAGGUGACAAACUCUAUGUGGGCACUCUGUACGGAACCUUGCUCGUCUACUCUGUGCGGGAGCCUCUCGGCCAGGAUGAGGCUAUCUCAGUGACACUCAUGGAGACACUCAAGACCUUCUCCAAGAAAGCCAUUGAGCAGAUUGACAUCAUCAAAGCCGUCGGCGUGUUGGUAACCCUGUCAGAUGGAUAUGUCAACCUCCACGACCUGGAAAGUUUUGCAUUGAGGACACAACUGGGCGAGACGAGGGGCGCAAAUCUGUUUUCAGUGUUUUCAAAGAUUGAGAUUCAGGAUGGGUUCCCUCAGGUCGUUACUCGACUUGCUGUGGCGGUGAGGCGCAAGGUCAUUGUCUUUUCCUGGCAGGAUAGCGAGUUCAUGAGCACCAAGGAUUUCCCUGUCCCGGAUAGGGUCAGGACAAUGGAAUGGGUUGGAACACAGAACCUCUGCAUGGGAUUCGAUAGCGAGUACGCUCUCAUGGACUGCAGGACUAGUGUUUUGAAAACUUUGUUCUCGCCCACCUCACCUUCUGUUCAGGGUGCGCUCGGUUCGACUCUGGAGAGUACUCUUAACACACUCAACACUUUCAGUUCUUUGGCCACUGGAGGUCUUAUGGGCUUCGGGUCCAAGCCUGGGAAACCCCUCAUUACUCGUCUUCCCAACGACGAGAUCCUUCUUGGCAAAGAAAACUCAAGUAUAUCAGUGGGAGUGGACGGAAUGCCAAAGCGCAAGAAGGGGAUCGAAUGGUCAGGAAUGCCCGAGGAAUUGGGCUACUCGUCCCCAUAUGCUGUUGCGAUUUUGUCACGGCAUAUUGAGAUUCGCAACAUUGAGACGAGGGAGCUUGUUCAGAGCGCAGAGAUGCCACACGCUCGACUUUUGACUCAGGGAAAGCUCCUCUACAUUGCAAGCACGAGUGAAGUCUGGCGCCUCAUCCCCUUCAGCUUCCCCCAGCAGAUUGACGAGUUGGUGCAAAAGGAAGAGUACCAGGAAGCAAUCAGUCUUAUCAACCAGAUCAACCCCGUCCUUCUGGACGAAACUGUUGAUACGUUGGGCAAGAUCAAGACUCUGUACGCACACCAUUUGUUCCGCACGCACCAGUACGAGAAAUCGUUGACUUUGUUUUCGGAACUCGAUACCCCUGCAGCAGAGGUUAUCGGACUAUACCCGGCGGUGAUCUCGAGCCAUUUGCCUCCCAAGGAACUCGAAGUCGUGUCUCCCAAGCCUGGCAAUGUGGAUUUGAAUGAAGCGAACGCGAAAAAUACCCAGCCUAUUAUCAUGAGCACAAAGGAGCUUGAGGAUGCAGUGGAGUGCCUGAUCAGGUUCUUGGCUGACAAGCGCCAAAAGAUUUCAAAGUCGCUGCAGACGCUCCAGAACAACCACGAUUCGUUUUCAUACCGUCACUCGAACCAGGAGGAUGAAGCGGAGGAGUACCUCCAGAUGUUGGAGAUUGUGGACACGGCCUUGUUGAAGUCGUACAUGAUGACCCACGAGCGUUUGGUGGGAUCUCUUUUAAGAGUCAACAACCACUGCAACCCCGACGAGACCGAGAGCCUCCUAUUGAAGCAUAAGAAAUACAAGGAGUUGGUGGACUUUUACAGAGGCAAACAGCUUCAUCGCAAAGCAUUGGAGCUGUUGAAGACUAUUCAUGCGAACCCUGGCGAGAUGAAUGGUGUUCUUCCUACAGUUAACUACUUGCAGCGAUUGGGCGUCGACCACCUCCCUCUCAUACUCGAGUUUGGAACGUGGAUCUUGGAGCUGGACCCUGAGGUUGCCAUGAAGAUCUUCAUUGACGAUGAACCAGAGAUCGACACGUUACCGAGAUACAAGAUUAUGGCAUAUCUGGAGAGGCUGUCGCUGGACCUGUGUGUCGUUUACUUGGAGCAUGUCAUUCAUGAGCUGGGUGACAAGACCUCGGACUUUCACAAUACCCUUGUUGUCUCGUAUCUUGCCCAAAUCCAGCGCGACUCCUCAACACCCGACAACGAAGAGGACAUAAUCAAAACAAAGGCGAAGCUGUUGCAGUUCUUGGACGAAUCCACCUCGUACAAGGCGGAGCGUAUUCUCAGUCGUCUUCCUGUCGACAGCUGCUACGAGGAAAGAGCGAUCUUGCUGAGCCGCAUUGGACAGCAUGACCAGGCGCUGAACAUUUACGUUCACAAACUCAAUAACUUCCAGGCCGCUGAAGAGUACUGUAUCAAGAACUUUAACAGCAACGAUCCAACCAAAAAUGUGUACCUGUUGCUGUUGAAGGUAUACCUGAGGCCGCCAAACCGCGAGAAGCCUAUGCUGGAACCGGCUCUUGAUAUCUUGACCCGCCACGGAACCCAUAUCGAUCCUUCCGCUGUGAUGGCACUGCUGCCAGCCUCGACCAGGAUCGACCAAUUGUUCAAGUUUUUCGAAAAAUCGAUCCGUGAGAGCAACAAGACGAAGCAUAUGGACAUGAUUGUCAAAAAUAUGCUCAAAGCUGAGCGUCUCCAGACGCAGGAGCAAUUGACAUUCUAUCGGUCAAGGCGCGUCAAGAUCACGGAAGACAGGAUGUGUCCGAAAUGCAACAAGCGUAUUGGCAACAGUGUGUUUGCAGUGUUCCCGGAUGGAGUUGUGGUUCAUUACUCGUGCAAGGAGACGAUGGCUGCGAUGGGGCACUGGCGCACGUAA